AUGAAUUGUGAAGCUCCAGAACCUGACCAUUGCCGCCAGUCAUGUACAUUUAUUCAGAAUGCUGUUAACAGAUCGGGGCACUGCCCAAAGUUACAAACAAGGCAGUGGAUAGUUGAUACAGAAUGCUCUGCCUUUUGUGAUUCUGAUACUGAUUGCGCAGAGAUUGAAAAGUGUUGCUCAUUUGGCUGUAGUCGAACAUGUUUAGUGCCCAAACUUAAUGACAGCCGGUUGCUUCCUAUGCCAGAGGGGAUUACAGUUCAGGAGAGGAAACGGAAAAGAUCAGCCAUUCUUCGUUGGGUAAUGAAGCGAAUGACUCCUCAACAUACUUCAACAUAUGCUAAUUUGUUUGUUAUUCAAUGGAGGUGGUCAUUGAACAAAGAUCCCGAAACAAUGACACCUUGGCAAACCGUAAUGGUUAGGAAUAAAAUGUAUGCAAUUCUCAAGCAUUUGCUUACCCCAGGACGUUAUUAUCUUUUUCGUGUUGCAGCUGUUAAUGUUUACGGAACUUAUGGAUUUUCCCAGCCAAGCCAUCCACCAUUUAAACUUACAAAGGAAGUUAAAAGCCCAUCGCCUCCAAAUAAUUUCACUGUAUUACCCUUGGGGGAUGAUAUCCAAUCUAACACCGGUGAGGUAGCCAAAAUUGGAUGGUCUCCACCUAUAUCCGAUAUGCCAAUAAAAGAUUACCGUCUCAGUUGGUGGAAAACUUCAUUAGAAUUAGCCAAGGUUUUUGAACUACGUCAACGUCGAAGUUCUAGAGGACAUGAUGAGGAUGACUAUGAUGGAACCGAACUAUCUGAAAUUGAUCAGGAACCCUUGAGAAGGAGCUUAGUUUUGCCCAGUUCUACCACCAAAACCCAAAUUACUGGCUUAGAACAAAAUCAAGUUUAUAUUGUUGAACUUCUAGCUACUGUGGACACAGCAGAAGGUGAACUACGAGGUGAACCAGCGGUCCUUUUCCUCAAAACUGGCGCAACCUUUCACAAAAAACAAAGCAGAAAUAAUUCUAACGUUGAAAAUCUUUUGCCAUUUUCCAGUGAAAAGAAUGAUUUUGUGGAACCAUCCAAAAACCCUCAAAAUCUUCAUUAUGCAGCCCAUGUAAAAACACCAUUCUUUGAGGGAAAUCAUUUAAAGACAAUUAUUUCUUGGAAUGACCAUCCAAGUUGCACCGAUAAUAAAUUGUUGGGAAAUCAGGUAAGGGUUUAUUUCUUGAUAUUGGGUCAAAAAAUUUAUUUGGAAUACUUUCAGCAUCAAUUCCGAGUAUUUGUUAGGUCAAUGAGUUGUUUGAAUCAAUUACCCCCACAAGAAUUUUAUGUUCAUAAUUGUGUAGCUACGCUUGAAAAUCUCCAAUUCCAGUGUGAAUAUUAUGUCAGAAUCGAAAGUUACGUUGUUAACGAAGACCAGCAAAGGCUGAAAAACAACAAUGAGAAUCUGAUUGCCCGUUUAACUUUCUCAACACUGCCUUGUGAACAAACGCUUUCAGAUAUACCUUUACCAUGCAAAUCAAGUGAAGAUUUUGGUAAACGAAUUAAUUGGCCUUAUUCAAACAGUGAUAAAUUGCCUGCCCUUGCAUUACCUUUGAAUGCCGAAACGACGACUCGAUCUACCAAAUUAUCUUCAAAUAUUGGAAGGGAAUGGCUUCCUAUUGAAGAAUUAAUUGAAAAUUCUGAGGGAGAGAAGAAUAAUAAAGAGAUAUCCAUUAAUGAGAACUCUAAGAGGUUAAGAGAAGACAAUGAGAAAAGGAAAAAAUCAGCAGAAAAUUCCAAUCAACAAGAUAUUCAAAGGUUGAGUUGCCUAGCAACUUCUAUAAGUACUGCAGAUUGUUCUUGGACUUGGCAAAGACAAUUUGAACCUAAAAAUAACCAAUUAAUUGGGUUUCGAACUGUCCUGUCUUCUACACUUUUUCAUUCUCCCUCUAAAGUAGCAAUUGUCGGCCCUGAGCAAAGGAUAGAACACUUAACUGAUCUCAACCCUAAAGCUGUUUACAGAUUUAGGUUACAGGCAAUUACUUCACUCGGUUUGGGGACAGAAUUAGUCGAACACUUCAGCACUGGCCAUUUAGCAAUUAGUUCAUUCCAAUCUUCAAACCCUGAAUUCGACUCAGAAAUGUCAUUUCAUAUUGGAGCAAGUAAAAUUAAUGGAUUAACUGACGAACAAUAUCCCUCGAUUAUGGAUUUGCCUUGGAACAGCGAUUCUUCAACUUUAAGGAUUUCUAUUGCACAUAAUUUGAGAAGAGCUUUCAUUAUUUUAAUUUUAACUAUUUUGUUUAUUUAA